AUGGUUGACGACAUGAUUUGUUCACGAGAUGAUGUGGUUGACGAGAUGAUUUGUUCACGAGAUGAUGUGGUUGACGAGAUGAUUUGUUCACGAGAUGAUGUGGUUGACGAGAUGAUUUGUUCACGAGAUGAUGUGGUUGACGAGAUGAUUUGUUCACGAGAUGAUGUGGUUGACGAGAUGAUUUGUUCACGAGAUGAUGUGGUUGACGAGAUGAUUUGUUCACGAGAUGAUGUGGUUGACGAGAUGAUUUGUUCACGAGAUGAUGUGGUUGACGAGAUGAUUUGUUCACGAGAUGAUGUGGUUGACGAGAUGAUUUGUUCACGAGAUGAUGUGGUUGACGAGAUGAUUUGUUCACGAGAUGAUGUGGUUGACGAGAUGAUUUGUUCACGAGAUGAUGUGGUUGACGAGAUGAUUUGUUCACGAGAUGAUGUGGUUGACGAGAUGAUUUGUUCACGAGAUGAUGUGGUUGACGAGAUGAUUUGUUCACGAGAUGAUGUGGUUGACGAGAUGAUUUGUUCACGAGAUGAUGUGGUUGACGAGAUGAUUUGUUCACGAGAUGAUGUGGUUGACGAGAUGAUUUGUUCACGAGAUGAUGUGGUUGACGAGAUGAUUUGUUCACGAGAUGAUGUGGUUGACGAGAUGAUUUGUUCACGAGAUGAUGUGGUUGACGAGAUGAUUUGUUCACGAGAUGAUGUGGUUGACGAGAUUAUUUGUUCACGAGAUGAUGUGGUUGACGAGAUGAUUUGUUCACGAGAUGAUGUGGUUGACGAGAUGAUUUGUUCACGAGAUGAUGUGGUUGACGAGAUUAUUUGUUCACGAGAUGAUGUGGUUGACGAGAUUAUUUGUUCACGAGAUGAUGUGGUUGACGAGAUUAUUUGUUCACGAGAUGAUGUGGUUGACGAGAUUAUUUGUUCACGAGAUGAUGUGGUUGACGAGAUUAUUUGUUCACGAGAUGAUGUGGUUGACGAGAUGAUGUGGUUAAAGAGAUGA